AUGAAUAACAAACCAGUUCACACCGAUGCCGCACCGGCAGCCAUCGGUACUUACUCUCAAGCGGUUGCAACCAGCGCGACUCACACUGUAUAUAUUUCAGGGCAGAUUCCACUCGAUCCGAGCACCAUGGAUGUCGUCAGCGAGCACUUUAAACCUCAAGCUGAACAGGUAUUUAGAAACCUGGCGGCAAUCUGCCAGGCCGCCGACGGCAGUCUUUCCGACUGCGUGAAAUUAACUAUCUAUCUCACGGAUCUUGGCAAUUUCGCAGAGGUGAACGAGGUGAUGGCCAGCUUUUUUGACGCCCCUUAUCCUGCCCGUGCUGCCAUUGAAGUCAGCGCCUUGCCAAAAGGUGGGGUGGGUCCAAAGCUAGAAGCCACCCUGGCCAAGCUCGGCAUCUUUCGUCUGCUUGAUCUGCUGUUGCACCUGCCCAGCCGGUAUCAGGACCGCUCCAAAAUUACACCCAUUGCCAGCAUUGCACCGGGUGAGGAAUGUCUGAUCGAAGGAUCGGUUGUUGCCUCCAAUAUACAAUUUGGUAAGCGCCGCAGUUUAAAAGUCACCAUAAGAGACGACAGCGGUGAAGUUCAGUUGCGUUUUUUUCAUUUUUCCAGAUAUCAGCAAACAGCUCUGGAACAGGCUCAGUCGCUGCGAGUUUAUGGAGAAUUCCGCUUUUUCGGGCGCGAACUGACCGCGGUGCAUCCGGACUACGAAGUGUUUGACCAUGACCCGCCGCCGCUGAGUCAGACCCUGACACCUAUCUAUCCAACCACAGCGGGAUUGGGCCAGGGUCGGUUACGCAAUCUGAUAGCCAGUUUGUGCAGGCUCGAGUGGCCGGAUAUCGCCGGCACGCCGUUCAGCAAACUGCAGUUUUUACAUCAGCCGCCAGCGGGCACCGCGUUACACGAAAUUGAGGCGGUGCAGGAAGAUAUUGCUUUUGAUGAGUUGUGUGCCUACUACCUGGUGAUGAAAGGUCGUGCACUCAAGCGCCAGCAGGAGAGCGCCAUUGCAUUGGGCCAGGCAACCGGUCUCGGUCGUAUGCUGCUGCAGAACCUGGGUUUCCGGCUCACCAGAGCGCAGGCAAAGGUGGUCAAAGAAGUAUUAACCGAUCUGGAAAAGCCGGUGCCCAUGCUACGUCUGGUACAGGGCGAUGUAGGCUCAGGCAAGACAGUUAUAGCGGCGUUUGCGGCGAUACGCGCAGCAGAACACAACAGCCAGACCGCUUUGAUGGCACCUACUGAGCUGCUCGCAGAACAACAUUAUUUGAAUUUUUCCGCCUGGCUGUCACCGCUGAACAUACGUGUUGUGCUGUUAACCGGGCAGCUUCCAGCGAAAGUGCAGAAAGAGCGGCUGGCUGACAUUGCGUCCGGUGAUGCCCAGGUGGUCAUCGGCACACACGCCCUGUUUCAACGCGCGGUGACAUUUGACCGGCUGGCCCUUUCGAUCAUUGAUGAGCAGCAUCGGUUUGGCGUGCAUCAACGUAUGGCGCUGCAGAACAAAGCUGCAAACGGCAGACAACCACACCAGCUGGUCAUGACCGCGACCCCUAUACCACGCACCUUAACCAUGGCGUUGUAUGCGGAUAUGGACGUUUCCGUCAUCGAUGAACUACCCAAGGGGCGCCAACCCAUCACAACCCACACCGUUGAGGCGAGCAAACGCGGCCAGGUUGUGGAGCAGGUGGCCAGAGCCUUAAGCCAGGGACAGCAGGCAUAUUGGGUGUGUACGUUGAUCGAAGAUUCGGAUGACCUGGACGCAGUUUCUGCCGAACACAUGUAUCAGGCCCUGACCGAAGCUUUACCCGCAUUUCGUGUCGGGCUGCUGCACGGGCGGAUGAAAAGCGAUGAAAAAAUUUCUGUCAUGCAGGCCUUUAAAGCUCACCAACUUAACCUGCUGGUGGCCACCACUGUAGUUGAAGUGGGUGUCGAUGUGCCGAAUGCAACGCUGAUGGUGAUGGAAGAUGCAGACCGCCUGGGUCUGGCUCAACUGCACCAGCUCAGAGGCCGGGUAGGGCGCGGCAGCCUGGCCAGCCACUGUUAUCUGCUGUUCAGCCAGGGAUUAAGCAAAGCUGCUAAAACCCGUUUAACCGCCAUGCGUGAAAGCCAGGACGGAUUCUAUCUGGCAGAACAGGACCUCAAACUGCGCGGUCCUGGCGAUAUUCUUGGGACACGACAGGCCGGUGAACAGAGCUUUCGUGUUGCUGACCUGGGUUUACAUGCUCAUCUGAUGCCCAGGGUAAUCCGCAGUUGUGAUGCGCUUCUGCAGGCGUCUGCCGGUUCAUCCGACGCCGAAAAAAUGACGCAGCUGCUCGCUGCCUGGGCACCGGCUGACUCCGGACAUCUCAACGUGUGA